AUGGCCUUCACUUCGUCCGUAUUCUGUCCCAUACAAGUCUCCCCGAACCCAAGACUCCAAAACCGUCAUCGCCGGAAAAACCCUGGAGUCGUGGCCGCCAUUCCCACACUAUUAACUGCCACCGAUGUCUCCGUUGUGGGUAACCCAUUCGACAGCACCACUCUAGCCGUCAUAGGUGGAAGUUCAGUUGCAACACUCGCGGCCGUGAUUUCCCUCACCGACCCUGAGAGGCGGCGGCAAAUGCAGGCGGAGGAGGUGGGCGGCGGGGACAAGGAAGUCGUCAAGGAGUACUUCAACAACGAUGGGUUCCAGCGGUGGCGCAGGAUAUAUGGAGAGACGGAUGAUGUAAACAAAGUGCAGCUAGACAUAAGAAUUGGGCACUCGAAAACUGUGGAGAAUGUGAUGAAGAUGCUAACGGAUGAGGGGUCAUUGAAGGGUGUUACAGUGUGUGAUGCCGGGUGUGGGACCGGGAGUUUGUCAAUUCCAUUGGCGAAGGAGGGCGCCGUGGUGUCGGCCAGUGAUAUCUCGGCUGCUAUGGUUGCAGAAGCUGAGAAAAAGGCACGAGAAGAGCUUUUAGAAGGCAAAGAUGAGCUCUCUUCGGGAUUAGUAAUGCCGAAAUUUGAAGUGAGUGAUUUAGAGAGCUUGAGUGGAAAGUAUGACACUGUUGUCUGCUUAGACGUUUUAAUACACUAUCCACAAAGUAAGGCGGAUGCUAUGAUUGCCCACCUUGCUUCACUGGCUGAGAAUAGAUUGAUAUUGAGCUUUGCCCCGAAGACAUUCUACUAUUCUCUGUUGAAGAGAAUUGGGGAGUUGUUCCCGGGACCUUCAAAGGCUACAAGAGCGUAUCUGCAUGCUGAGGCUGAUGUGGAGAGAGCAUUGCAAAAAGUUGGGUGGAGAAUAAGAAAGAGAGGCUUAAUUACUACUCAAUUUUACUUCGCUAAUAUUGUCGAGGCUGUUCGUGCUUAA